UCCCACCUCACCUCACCUCCAUGACCGCGUCUUCCACCUCACCUCCCACUCCCCCCACCGCCGAUCGCCACUUUCUCCGCACGAACUACGCCGACGGCGAGCUCUCGGAGGCGACGAGCGCUCGGCCCCGCUUGCUCGAUCGCUCAGGCCUAGGAAUCGGUUUGGGAAUCGUGCUCAACGACCCAGAUCUGAUUAGGGAUGAGCGAAACACCGAGGGGUCGGGGGGCAUCGACAGAAGAUUUGGAGGCGCUCCUGAAGACGGCGAACAGGCUGGAGAAGGCGGCGGUAAGGGCGGCGGAGAAGGCGAGGAAUGCGAAGCUGGUCCUCGUCGAGCAGAUUCUGGCGAGGGUGACAGAGGAAGAGAGCGAGCGAUUAUUUCGAUUGGGCUCAACUCUAGAGCCGGAGCAGGUGCUGGAUUGGGUGGCAGAGGAAGCCGCGUUGACAUCGAGGAUUCAGAGGGCGAGAUGGAGAUUAUUCCGGCGAGACCCCUGGUAAGCUCUGGGCAACUGGGGGAGGUGUUGAUUGGAGAGGUCUCCGUUCAGUUGGUUCGAUUGGAACCACGAGCAAGCUCUCCCUGUCGUCCCUCCCCGUUCCGGGCGUCUCCGGCGAGGGCACGAGCUUGCAGGCGAGCAGCUGCGGUGCGGGAUUCGGCCAGAGCUGCUGGUCGGUGGGCCCCGGGUGUCAGCGUGGGGGAGCAGAAGACGGGAGUGGGAGACUGUUUUCGACAGGAGAAAGCACACUCUCAAAAACUGCUUUCUCAGGAUGGUGAGGAGGUAGUUGAGGUAUUUGGGCAGCUGUGGUCUGUGCCGUCUCCAAGAAAGGCUAGGGUUCCGCCACCAGGAGGGGGCUGGUCUAGAUUCGCAAGGACCUCUUCCUCUCCAAAAAAUUCACACCAGAAGAUUGCUAUCCUGUGAGAGUGAGAGGGAGACAGAUCCAGGCGAAGAAGAUCAGCUUCUCGAAGGAGUUGUGGCGGGGCGGUGCUAUUCGGGCGACCUACGCUGCGGUGGUCAAGGGCAUGGCAGGCAACAGGGGUGGGGGUCGCCGUGGUGGAGGAGGUGGUACUGGCCGUGGAGAGGGGCCUCGCCCGAGCGGUCAGGUACACACUCAAAACCCUGGUCAGACCCCGAGCUAAUCUGGUGGCCUGAAUCCACAAGGGCCGCCACCGUUGCAGCAGAUGCAUCCAGGUAACUUCCAAAAUAUGCAACAAUUUGGGGGAGCUAGCAACUUACAAGGGAUGCCUCCUUGGCAUGGGAUGCAAUUUCCUCAGUUCAAUCAGUGGCCUCAGCAAUACUUGCCUGGUUUGCCUAGCUUGCCUGUGAUACACCAACAACAACAGCAGAUGCCAAUUAUGCACCAUCAGCAGCAGCAGAUGCAGUUUGGUCACGCCCCAGAGCAGAUGCAACCUGGUAAUCAGAUGCAAGGAUUUGGAGAGGGGCAGUCUAGCACUCACCAACAGAUUUCUCAAAACCAAGAGAAGAGGAAAAGCAAGAGCUUCUCCCAGAAAGAGGUGCAAAGGAAAUCUGGAGAUGACAAGUCUGAAAGCUCUCAGAGCAGGAAUGAGGAAGUGGUGGUCAACUAUGAUCCAAAAAUGAGAGAUGUUAUAUGCUAUAACUGUGGAGAACCAGCACACUUUGUGGGAACAUGUCCAGUGCCCAAAAAGUGUUUCAUCUGUCACAAACCAGGGCACCAUAUGGACAACUAUUUGGAAUGGUACAAACCGCAAGCUACUGCUCAAUACUUUGGCAGUGCUAAUGCAGGGCUAGGUUUCUUUCACAUUGAAUCAUAUGGCAAAGAGGCUGUUAAAUGGCUAAAUAUGUCCAAUGUUUGUGUGGCUGUUAUUGAAGAAGGGUCCAUCACAACACAAGAGCUGAAGAACAAUUUCUCUGAGAUAUGGAAAACUAACUGGCCAUGGCAGGUGAGGCAGUUGACUGAGAAGAGGUUCCUAGUUAGGUUCCCACCUCACAAAAAGGUAAAAGAUUUGGUAGAGCUACCCUCCAUUAGUCUCAGAAAGAAAGGGGUGACAGUUUCUUUUGAAAAGUGGGAUGGAGAGGAGGUGGCCUAUGCUGAAUUGCAAGAGGUGUGGGUAACCAUGAUUGGGAUCCCUGUCAACAAACUCACUUGGAAAGUAAUCUCUCAGAUCACUUACAUCUUGGGCGCCUUGAUUAAUGUGGACUGGCAUGAGAUAUUUAGAAGUUUCUAUGAAAAGGUUAAAGUGCAGGUAGCUGUAAGGGACAUAUCAAAGAUCCCUACAGAAAGGCUGGUAGAGAUUGACAAGGAACUGUUUCUUAUUUGUUUCCUUGUUGACAUAGCUCCAGUUGCUGGAAGUGUGAACCCAAGUAAUAGUGGUGAAGAAAAAUCAGAUGAUGACCUAUUGGAGGGGAGUCCUGAAAGAGACAUGCAAAUGCAAGGCCCCAAAGACAUGGAAACUGACAAGAGCAAAAACCCCAAGUCUGGGGGCCCACCCCAAAAUUCACAAAAAGCUCCCACUAAGUCCAAGACCCCUGUGGAACUGGUGAAUUCACUAGAAAAAAGGGUGCAAAGUGCAAUACUGAGUCUGCAAAAUGACUCUCACAUGAAGAAGACUGUGGAGAAGAAAAACCCUGAAGACAACAUUGCUAUUCAACUGCUGGACCAAUUUGAUGAAGAGUCUGAUGGAGAUGAGGCCACUUUGGAGGUGCCAAAACCACAAAAGCACAAAUGGUGGCCUGUGGUGGCACCUAGAGUGAGCACAGAAUCAAAAGAGAUGGGAGGAAUGCUAUUCAAAAGGCUGAAGACCUCAGAAAGCUAAAAGAUCUAGAAGUUCCUAAAGGUGGUGCUGGGGAGAAUUGCAGGAUACUGCAACUCCUGGAAGAUCCUAUGCAAAGGAAAUGUAAAAGAGCGCGUGGAGAUGUUCACUGCGGCUAUAUGGGAGGAGGCAAGAAAACCACCGCUGCUGCUCUGGCCAGAGCCAGGCUGAAGAAGAACGAGCUCUGGCGGCUGUACUCUCUGCAAAAGAUGGGUGGCUUGGUGGGCAUGGAGGAGAGCCUGUUCCAUGGAGAGCUGAUGUGGCCUCCUGUCUCAUCUUAAAAUGUCCAGUAGCUAGUUUAUGUUUUAGCGUGUUUUAUCCAAACUGUUGUUUUAUUGCCUAGGUUCGGCGUUGCUGUUUUGCUCUGCAAAAAUGUUGCCGGAGAGAUACUCAAUAUCCUCCCGCGGUCUGUAAUAUGUUGUACUCGGUGUGUUUCAUUUUCUAUGGAAAUGGAACAGGGGCGGGGCUGCCCUUUUCUUCUAAAAAAAA